CCACGCAGGGCGUGGGGUUGGCGCUGAGGCGGUCGGAGGUGGUUGGGGUUGGGUGGGAGGAGAUCCGCUCGCACACACGAGGAGGGUUGAGUCGCCGCCGCCGCCGUCGUCGUCGCGAGUGCGGAGUCGGGACUGGAGCUGCCGCCGCGUCGACGCCGGGGAUUGUGUCGCGAGCCCCCGGGCCUGCUGCCUCGCCGCCUUCCCCGGGUCAGCGCGGCCUGCUCCUCCCCGGCCCGUCGCCCCCGUCUCCAUUUCCCGCCCUCUCUUCACCACACACACGGCCCCCCCGAUCAUGGAUCCCGGCAGUGGCGGCGGCGGCGGCGGCGGCGGCGGCGGCGGCGGGAGCAGUAGCGGCAGCAGCAGCAGCGACUCGGCGCCCGACUGCUGGGACCAGGCGGACCUGGACGCCCCCGGGCCGGGCCCGUGCGGCGGCGCCGGCGGCUCCGCGGCGGCGGCGGCGGCCGAGACCCAGCGUGAGCAGCUCAGCGCGGCCUUCAGCCGGCAACUCAACGUCAACGCCAAGCCCUUCGUGCCCAACGUCCACGCCGCCGAGUUCGUGCCGUCCUUCCUGCGGGGCCCGGCGCAGCCGCCGCCAGCUGGCGCCGCCGCCACCAACCACGGAGCCGGCAGCGGCGCGGGAGGCCCCCCGGCACCUGUGGACCCUUCUCAAGAGGAACAGCCAUUGUUGUGUGAAGUUUCUUGUCUAGGUUCGAAUUCAGCUGUUAGCAUGGAACUUUCAGAACCUGUUGUAGAAAAUGGGGAGACAGAAAUGUCCCCAGAAGAAUCAUGGGAGCACAAAGAAGAAAUAAGUGACGCAGAGCCAGGGGGUGGUUCCUUGGGAGAUGGAAGGCACCCAGAGGAAAGUGCCCAAGAAAUGAUGGAGGAGGAAGAGGAGAUGCCAAAACCUAAAUCUGUGGUUGCACCGCCAGGCGCACCUAAGAAAGAACAUGUAAAUGUAGUAUUCAUUGGGCACGUAGAUGCUGGCAAGUCAACCAUUGGAGGACAAAUAAUGUAUUUGACCGGAAUGGUUGACAAAAGGACUCUUGAGAAAUAUGAAAGAGAAGCUAAAGAAAAAAACAGAGAAACUUGGUACUUGUCUUGGGCCUUAGACACAAAUCAGGAAGAACGAGACAAGGGUAAAACAGUAGAAGUGGGUCGUGCCUAUUUUGAAACAGAAAAGAAGCAUUUCACAAUUCUAGAUGCCCCUGGCCACAAGAGUUUUGUCCCAAAUAUGAUUGGUGGUGCUUCUCAAGCUGAUUUGGCUGUGUUGGUAAUCUCUGCCAGGAAAGGAGAGUUUGAAACUGGAUUUGAAAAAGGAGGACAGACAAGAGAACAUGCAAUGUUGGCAAAGACAGCAGGGGUAAAACACUUAAUUGUGCUGAUCAAUAAGAUGGAUGAUCCAACAGUAAAUUGGAGCAAUGAGAGAUAUGAAGAAUGUAAAGAGAAACUAGUGCCAUUUUUGAAAAAAGUUGGCUUCAAUCCCAAAAAGGACAUUCACUUUAUGCCCUGCUCAGGACUGACUGGAGCAAAUCUUAAAGAGCAGUCAGACUUCUGUCCUUGGUACAUUGGAUUACCAUUUAUUCCAUAUCUGGAUAAUUUGCCAAACUUCAAUAGAUCAGUUGAUGGACCAAUCAGGCUGCCAAUUGUGGAUAAAUACAAGGAUAUGGGCACUGUGGUCCUGGGAAAGCUGGAAUCAGGAUCUAUUUGUAAAGGCCAGCAGCUUGUGAUGAUGCCAAACAAGCACAACGUGGAAGUUCUUGGAAUCCUUUCCGACGAUGUAGAAACUGAUUCUGUAGCCCCGGGUGAAAACCUCAAAAUCAGACUGAAAGGAAUUGAAGAGGAGGAGAUUCUUCCAGGAUUCAUACUUUGUGAUCCUAAUAAUCUUUGUCAUUCUGGACGCACAUUUGAUGCCCAGAUAGUGAUUAUAGAGCACAAAUCCAUCAUCUGCCCAGGCUAUAACGCGGUGCUGCACAUUCACACCUGUAUUGAGGAAGUCGAAAUAACAGCCUUAAUCUGCUUGGUAGACAAAAAAUCAGGAGAAAAAAGUAAGACUCGGCCCCGUUUUGUGAAACAAGAUCAAGUAUGCAUUGCUCGCUUAAGGACAGCGGGAACCAUCUGCCUUGAGACCUUUAAAGACUUCCCUCAGAUGGGUCGUUUUACCUUACGAGAUGAGGGUAAGACCAUUGCAAUUGGAAAAGUUCUGAAACUGGUUCCAGAGAAAGACUAAGCAUUUUCUUGAUGACCCUGCACAAUACUGUGAGGAAAAUUGACUGCAAAAGCCUACUUCACACCGCCUUCUCUUAUUUUCUGCCCAUUGACAAACCUCUCCCUGUAUUUUGCAAAGACAAAAUUCACAGCAAAAGUCCACAUUAUGUCAGCUUUCUCAUAUUGAGAGCUCUGCUAUGCCACUGUUGAAUUUUUCCUGAGAUUUUUUUCUUCCCCUCUCAAACUCGGCUUCCCUGGACAGAUUUGGCAAUAGCUUUGUAAGUGAUGUGGACAUAAUUGCCUACAAUAAUGAAAACCUACAGGAAUUUUUUUAUUUUUCAUUUUCCCCUUAGGUAUACUUAGUCUUUUUUUUCCCCCAGGCAGAUCAUUCUGAGUGUGCGAGUGUGUGUGCACAUGUUACAAAACAACUACCAUGUUAAUAAAAUAUUCAAUUUGAAACCCUUUUCGGUAUUUGAAUUGCUUUUGAAUAAUGUUUUUUAUCUGGAUGUAACAUUGUUGCAUUAGCUUUUUAACUUUCCCAAGUAAUUGAAUACAUUUUAUUACUUGGACUUUUCUAAACUCUCCCUAUCCACUACUUUAAAUGAGGCAUUUACAAACAAACAAUGUUCCAGUUUGUAUUAAGGGACAGAGUCAGUGUGGCCCCUCUUCUAGCGGUUAAUGCAUACAUACAUCAAACACCUUUCUGCAGCUGCGGCACUGCUGUAUGAGGUCUAUCAGUUAUUUUCCGCCAAUUUAUAUUUUAACGUGAUUUCUUAAACGCAGUAAGUUGUUUUAAAAUCAAAGAACAGCAUACUGUAGUUUUUAUCAGUAAAGCAUAAUGAAAUUGUACCCCUUCAGAAAAUUCCAUUAACUUGUUAAAUUAGUGGAACUCACAAUAAAGUAAGCAUGUUGAGACCUGGCAAAAACGCCUCCUUUAGUCUUUAUAAGAGCUGCAUGCAUCUAGUAUGAAAAGCGUACCCAUUGCAAGUGCCCGUUCUACAAAUUACUCCGUUUACUGUUCGUAUCAGUUAUUUUAAAGGUUGGAUGACCCUUGCUGGGUAAAGCUGAAGUUCAUCCAGCAACUAAAUGAACACGUAUUUACAACCAUCGGAAUCUGCACAGACUAACGUUAACGGUGAUGCGUAGAUCAAGCACAGUAGAAGUUUUUCUCAAUUAUUUGAAAUUGACUGUUUUCUUAAAUAUAAAGCUGAAUUUGCUGAAGUGUGUUUUGGAUGAACCACAGUAUAGCAUUGUGGUGUUUUUUAGAUUGAAGGCUGACUUUCUGCUAUAAGUGUCAUGACUUUGAAAUUGUUAAUAAGUGGGAAACGGAAGAGAGAAUUUCUGGGUUUAUUGGAAGCCUCCCCCAUUGAUUUUGAGUGCUGCCAUUUAUCGAAGACUUGGCCUCUUGCAGAUUGUGGUUUCUCUCUAAAUAAGAUACUUUGUAUAUUUAAUGACAAGGCCCUUCCCUGUAAUCUUCCUUCUCAGAAAAGAAAAGCCUAGUCAGACUGUAUUUCCAGUUAAAAAACAUACAACUUAAUCUAAUCCUGUUUUCUUAAUUAUAGAAUUCCCAUCCAUGUCGUGAAUGAGGCUACAUUUAGGACAGAGCAAAGUUAUGUCCUGCAGCUUCCUAUAACUAUCCUCCUGGGUAUUAAAUUGCUUGAAAUUUAAAUAAAUUUGAUGAUGUCUGCAAACCUCUGGGCUUUUAUUUUUCUGGGAAAUAUGGGGGCUUUAAUCAGUACGUAACAACUCUUCUGUACUUCCAAGUUACUAAGAACAAAAUACUAGCAAUUGCCUGGAUUUAAGGAAUCUUUAAGAGUCACUGAAAUUAUUUCCAAAGAUAGAUUUCCAUUUUUAAAUUGAACACAUUUUUUAAGAACCACUUAUGUUUGCUAUUAAAACAUGCACACUUUUAGAAUAUUAUGUGCUUGUUGCCAAGACACUUAAGCAAAAGGACAGAGAGGAAUCAAUGGUGAAGGGCUUCCCUCUGAAAAACAAAAGGUAAUAAAUAUAAAUCUAAUUAUGAAAUAAAAAUUCAUUGGAUUCUUGCACAUUUGUGCAGAUAAUUAAUUAUUUAAAAGAAACCUCGUUCAAUUAGCCAGCACCAGGCGUUUUGUGGGCUUUGAGGUUGUUUGGCCGAGGAGGUAAAAUGGCUGAAGUCAACCGGCCGUGUUCGGAGAUGCUGGACCUUUAGAAAGCAAGACAGAGUCCCAUGCUGUCAUUUUGUCUUUUGCAGGUGCAAGUGUGUUUUUUUUUGGUUGACAUUGCAAAAAUAGGGUAAUUGACUGCAGAUUUAGAAUGUUACAGACCUAAACAUUUUUUCUCUAUCUUUAGCAUAGAUGUGUUUUAGAAUCAUAAUUUUCUUUGCAUCUUUUUAUAUUAAUGAUGUUCUUUACACAGCUUUUGUGCUAGAUUAUUUAAUUAUAGUUUUUUAAAUUAAUGAACCAAGUUUGAGAAGAAAGCUAUCAUUGAAGUCAACAUCUAAGUAACUGCCAUUUAAACCCUUAUUUCUUGCUGUGGGAGAGGGGAAGAUACAGUAUCUAUUUCUUGUUUUUAAUUUGCAAAAAGGACUUAGCCAGUGAAAAUUUAUGUAAAAUCAGACCAAAAGAGUUGGACUGUGUAUUGCCAUGAAAUUAAGUGACAAGUAGUAAACUAUUCUAGAAUAAUUAAGCCCAUGUAUAUUUGUUUUGAAUUGAAAGUCUUGAACUAUGUGAUGCCUGAAUGUACAAACUUUGUAAAUUGUCAGAGUACAGAUUGCUCGCUGUGACAGGUCCUCCUGCCUCGUGCGCUAGUUGCGUAAGCUCCAGGAACUGCUUGUACGGCACGGAUGGACUUGGACCGUGAUGCAGCUGAGCCGUCACUGGCACCCUCUCUGCUGAGGGCUGCAGAGGUCUCAGGCCAGAGUGUCAGCCAGAUCCAGGUGUGUAAGCCAAGGAAAAGGUGGACUAUGGUCAAACACUGCUUCCCUGAGGAGCUUGUGACAGAACUCGGCUGAAGUCGCUGGCACUCUUCAGGAACACUAGUGAUGCCUGUCAUGACUCCACGGCCUUUGAUUAUCUUUCCCCCCGACAGUGCGCCAGCACCUUUCCUCACGGGCCUGGACUGCCGCUUCGGGGAGGACAGCCUCACUGCUUUGCGGAGGGACUGACGGGAGUUGAAGGACAGUUUUUAUUCCAGCUCUUAAGAUGAGGCAACUUUCAACCUUUAGAAACCCUUUGUGAAAAUUCUGGUUACAGCACUGUAGUCUGGUUGUAGGAUGACUAAAUGUUAUGUUCAGUGUUGGCCUACCUUAUUAGAAUAAACUGUGCCAUGAAUCCUCUCACAGACAUGCAAGGUAGACAGCAGUCAACAGAAUUUAGGGGACGAUUUUGUGUCUCCAAAUAAUAUGGCUUAAAUUUCCUCCAGCUAAUUUUUCAGUGAUUUUAGCAGAUGUCAUCUAAUAUAUUCAUGAUCUUGUUUCUUUCUUUAGAGAUCUUGCCAUGGCAACAACUUGUUAAAUAAAUGUAAUUACACAUGCACAACACAAAAGACUUAGUGGGUUUACAUUUAGCGGUCAGUUGUAUUAGAUUUCAUAGUAAAUGGAAUAGGAAGUAUUUGUUUUCCUGUAGUAGUUCAGUGGAUUCCAUUGGAACCAGUUUACUGCCAGAAUUCAGAUAGAGUAGAUCUGGUUCACCUUGUGAUGGUGUUGGCUCCAGGAUAUUUUUGUCUUUCAGUGUCCUAGAACACGCGUCUUCCCUUCAGUAACUGCGCUCUCACGUACCUCUAAUCCUGUGCUUCCUGGAAACGGUAACAUGCCAGCCAGAUUGUUUACUAAGGAGUGUUCAGAGGGCCUGGCGGUGCGGGUGUGGACGGCCAAAGCUUCAUGCUCGCCAACAUAAGGGAAAAGCAGACAGGCACCAGGUCUGAUUAGGCGGGAUUUCUUAAGCAACCCUUUGAAUGGUAAUUGUCCUUUCUGCCUUGUCACACAUGCCACUGUGCCCUUUAAAGUUUAACAUGGCAACCUCAGGUUUGUGGACAGCAAAGGCAGAGUGACAUCUUGUGCUUCCUGAGGCUCCCGUCUGCCCAGCACACUAGCUUAGUGCUUCAGAUGUCAGCCCAAGUCCCUGCUGCCUCCUCUCCUGCCCGGGAGGAGGGCUGGUGCUGGGCGGGGCCCGCACUCCUCAGGUGACCGAGCACGCGCAGCAGUGGAUGGUGGGCCGACCCGCAAGCUCUGCACUUCAAGGACUCACCCUGGGCUCAGAGAGUGACGCACCUCUUCGUUAACUAGUCUCUUCUGUUUGUACGAAAGGAAAUGUGGAUCUCUCUGAGGCCAGGAUUUAGUGGCUAUUUUCACUAGACGGCAGGUUAAUACCUAGCUCUCAUUUUUAAAAAAGAAUAAAGGGAACUGAUUAGGUUUGCUGGGUCUUUUAAUCUAAUUCCAAAGCAAGGCAGAAUGCUCGAGGUAGGAAUAAUGGGAAUCCAAGGUAAAGAACCCUUUUUCUUAUGAUUUGUAGCUACCUACUGUGCCUGACUUGGUGCCUGUGUGAGGAUUAAGCCCUUAGUCUGCUCUUGCAAUUAUUCAAAUGACUGGUUAAAAAAAUUUGCUUUUGUAAUAACAAUAAAAAUUGUCAUCUUCCCUUUUGAA